CCGGGGUCCUCUCGUCGCUCCCGGGCGUCUCCUGCCUCUUUCCCGAUGGGGCUGCUUUGGCGGGGUCUCUUCUUCCUGGGGGCAGUUGUUGUCCUCCUGGGGGGCUCUUCUGGCUCCUCCUCACACUUCCUGCACAAUCUCUACAUGGGGGUUUCAGAGCCCAGCCAGGGGCUGCCCCAGUUCAUGGCUGUGGGGUACGUGGACGGCCAGCUCUACUUGAAGUAUGACCCAGACACCAGGCGGGCUCUGCCUCAAGUCCCCUGGAUCGAGGAGAUUGAGAUGGCGGACCCCCACUACUGGGAGGGGCAAGCCCAGAUCGCCAGAAAUACGGAGCCAGUGUUCGAAGUGAACCUGGCCACAGUGCAGAGUCGCUACAACCAGAGCCACGAGGGGUUCCAUAUUCUGCAAGGGAUAGUCAGCUGUGAGCUCAGCCAGGACGGGCAGCCCAGAGGGGGGCGUUACCAGUAUGCCUACGAUGGGAAGGAUUUCUUGGCCUUUGACAAGGAGACCCUCACUUGGACAGCCUCCGUGCUGCAGGCCGAGAUCUCCAAGCGGAAGCUGGAGCCCGUCCUGGCCACCUCCCAGUACCUGAAGUCCUACCUGGAGGAGGAAUGCAUUGACUGGCUGCGGAAGCACCUGACAUAUGGGAAGAAGGUGCUGUUGAGGACAGAGCCCCCUGUGGUGAGAAUGACACGCCGGAGAGGGCCGGAUGGCCAGGAGACCCUCAUCUGCCGGGCCCUCGGCUUCUCCCCCAAAGAGAUCUACAUCACCUGGAAGAAGGACGGGGAAGCCUGGCAGGAGGACACAUCCACCAGGGGUGUCGCCCCCAACUCAGACGGGACCUACCACACCACGCUCAGCGUUGAAAUUGACCCCACGGAGAGGGGCCGCUUCCGGUGCCACGUGGACCACAGUGGUCUGGCAGAGCCUCUGGACUUGGCCUGGGAGGGGCCAGGAUUUCAGGAGUCAGAGAAAAGUUCUUCCAGAGGGUCGUGGCCGGGUCGAAUAAUGAUGCCAUUUUCCUCCUGCAGCCUUGAUAUCCAAUGUGGGGCUCGUUGUGGGGCUCCUUGUGGGGUUUCUUGUUGUCAUUCUGCUGGGAGUUGCACUUGGCUUCUACGCGAAAAAACGUCAUCCGGAGAAUUGCUAUGUUCCCACAGCCACAAAUGACCCGUUGCCUGACAACUCCUUUAGGGGUGGUGUGUGAACACAGAAUAAAGAAAGAUCUACCCAAGGGCUGCUAUGGAUUAAUUGCCCCCGGCUAAGAGCUUCUGCUGUGUUAACUCUUGUGUGUCAUCAGUACAUCUAAUGGUUCCAAAGUGCAGCUCAAAAAACUGCACAAUAAGGCCAUAUACAAAUAGGGGUUUUGUUGGCAGAGCCAGGAGAAACUGAAAAAGGAAGGGGAACUCCCAGAUUUCAAGAAAAAAAAAAUUAGACUUCGUUACAUAGCAAAUGAUGGAGCCAGCGACAGAGACGGAGGGCAGGAACAGUUCUGGCAGGAACAGAGAGGAGAGGAGAUGGCAGCGGCAGGAUCGAGCGUGUGAAGUUGCCUUACUCUGAACCAGAUUCCUGUUGCCUCAUGGUUUCUCUUGUCUACUCACACUGGCAGCAGCUCUCGAGGCUCUUAUUAUCGGGAGCGAGCAACAGCGUGAAUAUUGCUCCCACUCUGCAGUCACUACUAGCAGAAAAAAGUGAAGACUUGAAACAACGACUGAUGAAGGUUAAAAGAGAAAACGCCAAAGCAGGAUUACAAUGGAACAUCGAGAAGACAAAAGUAGUGACUAUUGAGGAAUUACUCAAUUUUAAAGCUGACAAUGAGGAAAUUGAAGUUGUUCAAGAUUUUCUAUUCCUUGGGUCAGUCAUCAACCAACAGGAAGACUGCAAUGAAGAAAUCAGAAGAUUGAGACUCGGAAGAGCAGCUGGGAGGGAGCUAGAGAAGAUCCUUAAAGAUAAAGAUGUCUCUUUGGAAAUGAAGAUCAAGAUAAUCUAGACUAUGGUAUUCCCCAUUCCCAUGUAUGGAUGUGAAAGUUGGAUAGUAAAGAAAGCUGACAGGAAAAAAAUUGAUUCAUUUGAAAUGUGGUGCUGGAGGAAAAUUUUGCGGAUACCAUGGUCAGCCAAAAAGACAAAUAAGUGGGUUCUAGAUCAAAUUAAGCCAGAAUUCUCCCUAGAAGCUAAAAUGACAAAAGUAAGGCUAUCGUACUUUGGUCACAUCAUGAGAAGAUUCUCUGGAAAAGUCAAUAAUACUAGGAAAAGUGGAAGGCGGCAGUAAAAGAGGAAGACCUAAAACAAGAUGGCUUGACUCAAUCAAAGAAGCCAUGUCCUCCAGUUUGCAGGAUCUGAGUAGGUCUGUUAGAGAGAGAACGUUUUGGAGGUCUUUCAUUCAUAGGGUCGCCAUAGGUCGGAGACGACUUGACGGCACAUAACACACGCACGCUGCAGUCACUCCACUGCUGUCAGUUACCAGGCUCAGUUCAAAGUAUUGUCUGUCACAUUCAAAGCUCUUCACAGCCUUGGCCCCUCAGCUCUGUGUGACUGCCCCUCUCCUUCUGCUCCGCCAUGUCAGAUUCGCUCAUCUGAACAGGGCCUUUUAUAGAUACCUCCCUGCAGUUGGACUAAAUCAACAGCUGCCCAGACACAUGCUUUCUCUGUGGUGGCCCAUGCCCUAUGGAGCGGCCUGACUGAGGUCAGGAGAGCUCCCACUCUCCUGGCUUUCUGUAAAUGAUGCAAAACAGAAUUACUCAAGAGGGCUUUCUACUCAGACAGGAGGGCUGUAUUGUAAGAAGAUGAUCUCAAAGAGAGGCUUCGGAAAAGAGACAGGGACCAUAGACUUCACUCCUAUGUACUCUCUGUUGCCUUAUGUACUCUCUGUUGCUUUUAGGAGGAUCCUACUAGGUAGUCCCGUGGUGUUUAAUAUGUUGGUCUUAGAUUUGCUUAACAUCUGUUCCAGCAUUUUCUUCUACUCUGUAUUGGAUUAUUGCUGAUCUUACAUCUUUGCAAAUUCACAUUUAUAUACCCUGUGGCAUUGUUUAUUGAAAUGUCCUUGGAUAUUGACUGUAAUAAUCUCACACUAUGUAAUCCGCCUUGAGUCUCAAGGAGAAAGGCAGGUGAUAAAUGGCAUAAAUAAAUCACCUGCUGCCUGGUCCAUCUAAUUUUCAAAUUCAAUAACAAGAGCACUCAACCAAUGCAGCCCCCAGUAUACAGCAACAAGGAAGAAAAAAAGGGGGGGCUGUGGGGGGAAAGUCCCCACAAACUCAACCCAAACAAGCAGGGGAACAAAACAGAGGGGUUAAGUUACAAC